UAUGCUCAAUAACCAACCUCAUUCCCGCCGCUUCUCAUACACGCGCGAGUUGGCUCACGCUCAACUACUCCCUCUGUCCGUUAUACCUCAGUACCGCCAUUGAAACGCUGCGUUUUGCUCGUUGGAACCGCCAACUAUGGGUGCCACAGAAUCCUCACUCUCGAGCUCACAGAGGCGGCCGGGCGAUGAAAUCACGACGGUGUCUGAGCGAUCGGAGGUGGCCGAUCCUAUAUUAGAGAGGCUCAGGUCCCUAAGAAUUUCGACGCCAUUACUGACUUCACCCCCAAGUGAGGGUAGCUUGACUGACAUUUUAGUGAGGAAACCUUCGUCUUCUUCAGCUCCCAGUAUUGUGGAUCCGAAAGUGUUACUGGAACUCUUCUCGAUGUACCGUGAGUGGCAGGAGGAGAAUGUCAAAAAGCUGAGCCAAAAACAGGAAGAGAUAGAGAACAAGAUAGAAAUUGCGGACGCGUUGUCUGUUAAACUUAAGCAACGUUUUAAUUAUUCAGUGACAGCAAUGAAGACAUCCUCGCAACAUUUAUGUGGAGUUCAUGCACUGCAGGUAGAGAUUGGGGAACUUAAAGGAAGGUUGACGGAGGUUAUUAGCAACUGUGAUGCAGUGUGCAAGAGAAUAUCCGCAGAAGGACCAGAGUCUCUUCGGUCAUCUGUCAAGCCUUUGGUUAUCUGCACUGCACACCAAGAACACCAAUCUGCCUCGUCUGAUCUACAAAUAGAUCCAACCCCAAGUCUACCUUCUACAGAAACCAAGUUAGACUGAUUCUGUUUUCAUUCUUUCUUGUACAAAUACUUUGUAGAGCUUGUGAUUCUAGUGACAUCAUAUUAUUGCUGUUAAUCGAAAAAAUAUUCAUCGUUGAUUACCAA